AUGGCUGAGGCUAGAUGUUUAUCAUUGUGGGCAUAUCUUAAAAAGCAUAUGACAGUUCUUAAAAAUGCAAAUGCAAAAGAUUUUAAUGAUGCUGUCAAGUAUAAUAUUUUAAAAUCUAUAAUGGGCAGAAAAUAUGCUUCAGUACUAGCAAAUAAUGGACUUGUGACAGUUAGAAAUCAGCAAUUGGCUAUACAAAGAUUGAUUCAAGAAAAAUAUCAAUCUUAUAAUACUCUAGAUACUUAUGAAGCUAGAGUUCAGCCACUAUUAUUAGAAGUAGCAAACAAUGAUAUACAAGUUAUAGGAUUUCUUAAAAGCCACUUAACAACACCAGCUUCACAAACUGUUGAACUAGUUAAACAGCCAAAAGGUCUUCUAUUAUCAUUGCAAUUAGAAAAAGAUUUCCAGAAUUAUUAUAUAUCUAAAUUCUUAAAUAAAAUAGGUUUAAUAACUAAUAAUAAAUUAGAUUCAGAUUAUUCUAUAAAACCUUUUCAAAGACCUCACUCUCAACAAAAACAAUCUAUGAAAAUAAAUAGAAUAGAAUCGAAAGCUAAUAAGCUAUCUGAUUUUGCUAUAAAGGGCAAUUCUAGGCAUAUCACCAAUUUAUUAGAAUGGUAUACAGAUGUGCUAGUUACUAUGAAGGACAAAAAGG